CUUUCGUAUUGGUGUUGGUAUGUAGCGUGCGGUGUGCUGCCAAGUUGUAUUCGUAUGUUAUCGUGUGAAUGGUAUCGAGUAAUACAUUUUAAUUUGCUAGUGAAUGAAUAAUCAGAAGGCAUAGAAAAUGCCUUCUCGAACUGACUAUGAGGAUUCAAGUGAUGCGGAAUCGAAUGCCAAAGAUUCUGGUUCCGACUCGGACAGCGGCGACCAGGGAAGCGGUUCUAGUCGCAGUAGCAGCAGGAGCGGCAGUCCUGUGAGCGCUCAGGGCAGUGCUCCAACACCAGGGCGUAGCUUGGGGGACGACGGAAACUCCGGCAGUGACAGUGACGGCGGAGCCAAAUCAGCUCGUAGCGCAUCUGUUACCCCGGCGCGCUCGCAAACCAACGAAGGUUACUCGUCGGGAUCGCCUUCGGACGGAGAGGGAUCUGCAGCCGCGUCCGCAGCAGGAUCGAGAUCGCAGCGAUCCAGAAGCGGUUCUGGAAGCGCGCCCGGCUCGCCACAGUCAGCCGUCUCCAACAGCAGCAGCCGGCGUUCGGCGCGAUCGCGAUCGGUGGCUAGUCGUAGUAGUCGAACUAGCCGCACCAGCCGUACCAGCCGACGCUCCAUCUCCGCCCCUCGCUCUCCUGAUGGAAACCAAAGCGACCACUCCCAAAGUGCGGGUUCGCGAGAAGGAAGCCCAGAAUCUCGUGCAGACAGUGGUGGAUCUCGGGCAGGAAGCCCAUCUUCCCACCCAGGCAGUCCUCAAUCCCACAAAUCUCAAAGUUCACGUUCACAUCCACAAAGUCCUCAUUCUCAAGCCUCUGGCAGUCCACAAGCUUCUGGUAGUCCUCAAGCUUCUGGAAGCCCUCAUGCUUCAGGUAGUCCGCAAGCUUCUCCCCGUUCAGAUGCAACUGGACCAUCUCGCAGAUCUGGUUCACAUCGGUCUGAGUCUCCAGAAAGCAAUCAUUCACGAUCUAGAUCAAGGUCACGAUCAAGAUCAGGUUCUCGCUCAAGAUCUCCAAGUCAGGAAAAGGCAGCAUCAGGUGAUGGACAUAAAAGUGAUGAUGAAAAGAGUCACUCAGGUUCUGAACACUCUGACAAAGGUUCUGAGAAGGGGUCAGAUAGAGAAUCUGACAAAGGUUCUGAAAAGGGAUCGGAUAAAGAAUCCGAGAAGGGAUCAGACAGAGAAUCUGAUCAUUCACCGAGGGGGUCAGAUGAUGAAGACAAACGCUCAGCUAAAAGUGAUAAGAAAGAUCAUUCUGACCAGUCGGGUGAUGAAAGUGAUGUAGAACGGAAAUCUGUGAAGAGAAAAGCAGAAAGUAGUGGGGAUGAAGGUGAUAAGAAAGCUGAAAGUGAUGCUGAGAGCGAUGAUGACAAAAAACGAAAGCGAGCUAUAAUAAGUGAUGAUAGUGGUUCAGAUGCUGAAUUGAAACAUAAACCAAAAAAGCGUGGAGCUGCGAAGGUAGCAAGUGAUGACAGUGAUGCUGAGGAGAGACCUGAGAAAGCAGGAAGUGAAGAUGAGAGCGGAGGAGAAGGACCCUCUGCGACCGCGGAGGCUCUCUUUGGGGAUGCAAGUGACAUCAGCUCUGACGAGGAAGAGAAAGCAGCAAAAGCUAAGAGAACUGCCAGUACUGAGGAUCGUGAAAGUGGAGCUGAGAGUGAUGUAGUAGCAGAGCGCAGAGAUGAUGACGAUAUGGAAAUAGAUGGAGCUGAAAGAGCAGAGGCUCAAGAGGGAGAGAAUGAGGAAGCAGAAAAGGAGAAUGAAGAGCCAAUUCCAGAGACAAGAAUUGAUGUGGAAAUCCCUAAAAUUACAUCUGAUCUUGGACGUGAAAUCCAUUUUGUAAAACUGCCAAACUUCUUGUCUGUGGAGACUCGACCCUUUGACACUGAGACGUAUGAAGAUGAAAUAGAUGAAGAAGAAACCUUAGAUGAAGAAGGUCGUGCUAGGUUGAAACUGAAAGUUGAGAAUACAAUUCGAUGGAGAGAGGUUUUCAACAAUCAGGGAGAUGUUGUCAAAGAGAGCAACGCUCGUUUUGUGAAGUGGUCAGAUGGAAGCUAUUCUCUGCACCUUGGCUCUGAAAUAUUUGAUGUGUAUAAGCAACCAUUGCAGGAAGAUGACCCUAUCUUUGGCGGACAGAUCUCAGAAGACUUCUGGCAUCAAAGUUCUGUCUCAGGUGGUGACAAUCGUCCUCCCAUAUACUCUAGUGAUGAAGAAGGAUCUGAUAUUGAGUCAAGAAGAGCAAAACGCUUGGACAAAGCAAAGGCUUUGAAAGACUCAGAUGAGGAAUCUGAAAAGUCUGCUUCUGGGUCAGGUUCAGGAUCUGGGUCAGGUUCUGGUUCAGCCUCGGGUUCUGGAUCUGCGGAGGAGGAUGAAGAAGACGGAAAUCAGUCUGGAUGAACUGAUUCACAGUACUGAGUGUAUAUAAAGUUUUUAUGACAAUCCUGUGGGAAUUUAACACACAGGGCAGUAGUUAGUAGUGACACACUCUGUAAAGAAAUCAACAUUGGGUAAAAUAAUGUGUAAAAAUUGGCUAGAUUUGGUAUCUUUUGAGAAUUUUGUAUUGAGAAAAAUAACUGCAUUGAUUUUUACAUAAAUUCGUUAUUUAUAUUCUGAUUUUUAAGAGGAUAGUUGUAUUCAACAAGGUUAUUAAUUAUUUUCAAUAUGGAAAUCAUAAUCCCUUUUUUGUCUUUAAGUAAUGUACGAUAUCUGUACAUGCUUUGUUUCACGAAUUUUACCAGUUUUCAGAAAAUAGAAUUCAACUGUGUUGUACAUUUGUGCAAGGGAAAAGAAACAAGACAAGACAUGUGACACGCUAUGAGGUCCAUUGUACAAUUUCCGAAUGACAUAAAUAAAAUGUCAGCUUUAUAA